AUGGACUCAUCCUCCANNACUAUCCUGGGAUCCGAAUACUGCGAUACGAUGGGUCAGACCAGCGGCACUUUAUCCGAUGCCAACGAUGAAGAUGUCUCCGUCAUCGACUACGCAAGAUAUUAUGGCCUGAGCAAAGACUACACCUCCUUCUACCCUUUAUCACCUCACAUUCUUCGCUCAAUUCCAAGUUGGGAAGGAUCUGAUCUCGGUCUCAAACAACUCCCUGAGUUCAAGCUUCCAAAUGAACUCGACCUCGAUGAGAAAUGGACCAUUGACCACCAAAGCGCCUUGUUCCUCAGGCAGAUCGCAUCGAUCGAAGUCGUAACGUUUCCUGAAAUUACACGUUCAAGAAACAGAUCUUCUGAGUUCCAGAUCGAGCCGCUAUUGUUGCCGACAGAUCCAGACCUUGAGCAGCGACGGUUCAUGCGAGCAAGGCACUCAAGAGAACACAAGGGCUCGCAACAAGCAUCGCCAAAAGCUUUGUGGCAGGAUGAUGGACAAGCAUCGCUAUACUGGCCAGAUCCUAACUUGCCAUCAGCAUUGAUUGAACAGAUUAAGCAAGAGAAAUUGCAGCUUAACAAGAACGACAUACUCUUCUUGCAGCAAUGUGUCUCGAUCACCGAGAAGCCCGACAUACAAGAGCUUGACGCACCAUCAUACAAGAAGAAAGAGUAUGAGAAUGCGAGACAUAUAUCACCACUUUUGCCGUGUUCAUCGCCAUUCCAAUUCAGCGUUCCGGAUUCACCUGUCAGCCGCAUGCCAUUGGCGACCAGUCCCAUUGAUCCUGUUUCGACUGAACUCGUGAGGAUCGAGUCUGCCAUGGAGAUUGACGACGAAUUCUCCUUAGACGGGCUUUCAGACAUCUCAGCAUUCGACAUCGAGGCUGCCAGCGAGCUGUAUACUAGCUCACCAUUGAAACGCAAACAGCCUGAGGAUUACAAGAUGGAAAGCCCACUGUUGCCAGCCUUACAGUCCUCGUCCCCACUGAAGAAACUAAAGAUGGUUACCUUCUCAGAUGAACUGUGUACUACAAUACCUGAAUAUGCCAAACCGUUUCCAUCGGAGGAAUCAAACGGUAUAUAUGAAUUCUGCAACUUCUUUGAACAGGUCAUCAAGCCUGGUGCAGAGUCUGCGCGUCUUGCCAUCAAUAACGAACAAUUGACACAGGCAGACUCGAUGCUGAGAGCAGAAGUGCCCGCCAUCGAUCAGACAGGCCCUCUGCCACCAUGGAAACUCUUCGCUCGCAGACAGCUAAGCUGUCAGACAGAACUUGAGGCUCAGCAGCAGUUAAUAUCCAUGCUAAAGCAGGGAACAAUCAGACCCCGUGAAUACUGGCCUGGUGUCGGUGAUGUCAAUAGGGCCAUGUCGCGUUGGCGACCUCUCGACAUGCGGCUGAUUGAUUUGCCUCAAGAGAAGAUUGAAUGCGAUUAUCUGGGCGAUUUCAGUGCCGUGGAGCCUCAAGACACAACGUCUGGGUGGAAACUAGACGGUCUGAGAAUCUUGGACCCAUGCGAAGGUGACGAUGAAGAGAUUGAGGCUACGGACUUGUCAACAACUCUUCACGAUCUCGACCUCAUGGAUGACGUGCUAGCAACUAACGCAACCAGUAGAACUGAAGGCCUCCGACUCGCAUCGACUUUGCAGCCUCGACCGUCUUUCUUCUCUAUACCAAAGAUGAGCGGGGACAAAACAGAUGGUCCGCAGCCCCGUGAGAUUUCGUUAGCAACUCAAUCUUUGGCACCUAGCGCGUUCUCAGUGAGCAAUUGUUUGGAUCGCUUCAUGCAAAUUCACACUGGCAAGAAGAUGCGCAUAGAGAAUAUAAGACCACAGGCCCAGGCUGUACCCAACAAUGUCGACAAGCUCAGCAAUAACCCUGCAGCUUUUGCAGGAGGAAAUGACGGCCUGGAAAAAGUGACAAGUUUUACCCCGGUACACCUUCCAUCCUUACCUACGCCCAUGCCACCACGUACUUUCGUCUUGUCCUCAACCAUGUUUGCAAGACGGACCUUAGUAAAGGAGAUUGAACGUCUGAACCCGAUGGCCGAGUAUAUCGAACGCGAUUUCUCGUCGGCUCGCGUGUUGCGUGGAUUGUCAUCCCAGACCUCGGAAGCCGACGAAGCAGAUAUAAUUCUGGCACCUGGACAUGGACUCAUGCUGACCACUUUGCAAAAAGUCAUGCAAAAGAGCUUGCCGGGCGAAGUCAUUCGUAAUGUUAUCCGUGAACGGGUUGUACAACUUGCGCGUCGAUACGAGCGUCUCAUAAUUAUGGUGCACGAAGAUCGGAGUAGCGACCAACAACGUCCAUUGGACAGCCGCGAAUCUGGCGAACUUGUGUCUCUCAUCAACUUCUGCGCUGCGCAAAGUCAUGAUAUCCAGGUUAUGUACAUUCCUGGACAUGAGCCAGUAUUGGCGACUUGGAUCGUUGCAUGUAUGGUCCGCUUUGGUCUCGACGAUCCGGAGGUACAACUGUUACAAGAUGAAACUUCGUGGGAACUGUUUCUCAGAAAGGCAGGCAUGGACGCGUUUGCGGCUCAGGCGGUUUUGAUCAACCUAAAAGCACCCGAUCCCAUACCUGCCCACUCAACUGAGCAAUGUUACGGCUUGCCUGCAUUUGUAAUGAUGGACGAAGCUGAGAGGCUGAAGAUGUUCGGCCCCCUGUUCGGUGGAGAGAAGAUUUUGAGGAAGGUGAGCAUGGCCAUCGAUGGUUGCUGGAAACGACUGUGGUAG